CAACAAAUUUCAAUGUUGGUCACUCUGCGCGUGCCACAGAGGCCGACAGGCGUCGCCUUCCGGUAGAAGUUUGCGUGUCUCUUCGUUUCCUUUCCGGUAAGGUAACAAAAUGACUGGCUUCAGUGAGAAGCCAAUUUUAAUAGAUGGCCGUGGCCAUCUACUUGGACGAUUGGCUGCUAUUGUUGCUAAGACCAUCUUGCAAGGCAACAAAGUUAUCGUCGUACGCAGUGAACAACUGAACAUUAGCGGUAACUUCUUCAGAAACAAAUUAAAGUUUAUGUCCUUCUUGCGUAAGAGAUGUAACGUAAAUCCCGCACGAGGUCCGUUCCAUUUUCGAGCACCGAGCAAGAUCUUUUGGAAAACAGUUCGUGGCAUGAUCCCACACAAGACACAAAGAGGCAAGGACGCUCUCAGACGACUGAAGGUUUACGAAGGUUGUCCACCACCAUACGAUCGCAGAAAGCGUGUUGUUGUACCUGGUGCUAUGAGAGUCAUGUGUCUCAAACCAGGUAGAAAGUACUGUCACGUGGGUAGAUUGUCUCAUGAAGUUGGAUGGAAGUACAAGGACGUCGUUCGCACAUUGGAGAACAAGAGGCGUGUUAGAGCCAUUCUUGAAGUUCAAAAGAGAAACAAACUCAAGAAACUUACCAAGCAAGCCGCUGAGUUGCCAUCAGUUGCCAAAGCAACAGCACCAUACACAGCGAUCAUCAAUAGAUUUGGAUACAAUUAACAUAUGUUAUAAAAACAAUAAAGACUCUUAAGUAUCUUAAUUAAA